AUGCCGCCCAAGACCUCGCACAGUCGGCCACCCGCGCAAGAGAAAGCGGACAAGCGCCCGCGCAUUCGUCCACCGUCUCUCUCGAGCGCUGGGCACGUCGCCCAGAGUGUUGCAAGGACGUGGAGCUCGUCGAACGACCGCUAUCUACGUCGGAAGAAGCGCGAACAAAUGCACGAAAUGAUGGCGUUACAAGAGAUGAGAAUGGUGCAGCCAGAGUCUAGAGAUGGACCCAAAGAAGAGCGAGACGAGACGAUGGAUCCUGUCGCUACGUUGCAGCGGCGGACGGAGCAGUUGACAGCUGCAAGGCAAAGGAAUCCAGCAAUGGACGCAGAGGAGUCCCAAAAUAUGGACGAUGGUGGUCGUACAAAUGAGACCAGCUCGAUACAUAUGGACGAUGAAAAGUGUACCAGUCCGACCAAUUCAGUGAAUUUGGAGGACGACGGUCGUACAAAUGACAAUCGCGGAAGCGCUGCAAACGAUGACGAUGCAUUGGAGCUGCGGUCUCCUGAUUGGCGCGCGUCCAUGCGGUCGCCGAUCGAGACAAGUAUGAGGCAGACGCUGCACGAAACGGCAGCAAUUGAUCCGAACCUGGACAAGAGCGCGGUCACUGUAGCCAUGUCGGUGCAGGCGACGAAACUCGUGCCUCGUGGCAUCGCACAGAGUAGUUCGUCAGCGUCUACGCGAAAGCGGAUGAUUUCCUUCUCUCCUGACUGCUCGCCGCGGGUCGAGGAUCAAGCUCUGGCACUGAAGAAACUGGAGAAGAAUAUCAAGACAAACGAGAAGCUGCAGCAACGGCUUAAGGCUCCAACGCCCGUCAAGUCGCCUGCGCUCUUGCGAACAUCGUCUCCUGCAGCAACAGUCGCAUCACAGGCACGGCGUUCGAUGAGUUUUACGAGUCCACUGGCUCGACGACCCAUGACAUUCCAGAGUCCGUUACGACGCCAAGUGGCGACGUUUACGAGUCCGUUGGCGCAAAGACCGGCCUUUCAAAGUCCUCGUACUGCGGUGUCGUCGUGCUCACACUCUGUUAGUCGAACAGAAGAGAUUGAUUACAAGAGGACACAAGAAGAUCGAAAGCAGGACGUGGAUGUAUCGUUGGUGGAAGCGUUAGUUCCUGAUCCUAGCUUUGCAUCAAACGACGUCAUAGCGAAGGAAGAAGUUGUGUCGACAGUGGCUAGUGAGCAAGAUUGCACUGCAGAGGACGAGGAUGCAGUGCUCGUACAGUCACAAGACGAGGUGGGAUUCUCACAAGAGUCUGUGAGAGUUAUGUCAGAUACGCUCACACCUUUGUCCCAAGAAAGCUGCGAAAGUAACGCAUUUCAGGCAGAACUAGACACGACGUCAGCAGAGUCGAACACUUCUUCCAGUGCGUUCACAAGCACUUCAGUGAUCGGAGACGUCGGCUUAUUCAAUUGCGAGACAGACGUAGAGUACACAGGUGGAGUGUACGGUGAAGGAACCGACGGGAAGGUCACCGCUGCUGUGAUCAAUGGACAGAAGAUAGCACUGAAGCGCGCCAAGCCGCAUGAUGGGUUUCCUGAGCACGAAGCAAAACGCCGGGCGGCACUCGAAUUGCAUUAUUUACGCCGAGUGCGUCAUAUGAAGGGCUUCUUACGAUGUCUUGGCCUGUGUGAUGCCAUCGAGCACACUUGCAUCGCAUUAGAGGUGAUGGACUGCAAGCUGAGCGAUUAUUUAAGACGAUAUGGCGUAAACUCAGGCGGGUCCAAGCACCGUCGAUAUACGUUGUCGUUUGAUGACACAAAGGCGAUGCUGAAACAGAUCUGUCUACCUAUGAUUACACUCCAUGAAGAGAUCAAUAUCGCUCACGGUGAUUUGGCUUGUCGAAACAUUCUCAUGCGUACGCCUCCAGAAGGGUAUGAGCAGAGCUGGGAGCCCGACAUUAAGCUUUCCGAUUUUGGUCGUAUCAAGCUGCCGUCGGACGAGCCCAAGAUACUGGAUAGCUCGUUCAGUUUCCACAAGAAUUGCGAUGUUGGUGCGUUUGGGCGUGAAAUCUUGUACCGAUUGCUGGUUGGCGAGAUUGUCCCGAAAGAGUGUGUGGAGACACGUAGCUUGCACAAGCUACUGCAAGAUGUUAUCGUGAUGCAGGUGCCUGACGCUGCGAAGGCUCGCCUCGGUCCGUAUUUGAGUUUGUUCAUGCGCUGCACAGCCUGGGGGGUGCGCCCAACUUUCCGUCGAAUCUAUGAGCACCUAGAUGAUCUAGAGCACUUUGACACCACCGAGAAUGGACUGUUUCCGCUGAAGCCAACAGGCAGCACGGACGCGACUUUUAUGUCGCCGGUCGCUGAAGGCAUGCGUCACAAAACUACGGCAUCUGGCACCUCGAGAGCAUACAAGCGCGAUACCCCGACAGGCUCCGGCCAUCGACUUUUGGGGCCAAAGUCGCGAGUGUCCUCUUCUAGAAGCUGCAUCGAAGCAAGUGCGCCAUGUGCAAAUAAGCCUGUGAACUGGCUCAAAACACGAUCAGUAGUGGUUCAGCGAACUGUUGCUCAACAAGAGCUGACACCAAUUGCACCUCCUGUGUUGAUCAAGAAAAGGAAAAAGACUCCACCAUCAGCUGGUACCGGCGCGUCAAGGCGCUCUCUCCAGAUUCUCAACCAGAUUCAGCAUAGAACGACCGAAAAAGGUCGCAAAUCGACCUGA